GCAUAUAGGUGCUCGUCGAGAAAUAUAGUAGCAGCCAUCUUAUAUUUUGUGUCGGAGAAAAACAAUUUGACUGUACAAAUGUUUCGCGAUUGCCCGUGAAGCCGCUCGACGACGAGAGGCGGUGCGCUCGAUGAGGCGUGACAUUUUUCAACCUUAGACCUGGACCACUACAUUAGCAAAGGUGGAUUGGUACGCAGGAUAUGAGCAGUUUGUCAAGCGCAACCUGACUCUGCUCCCCCAUCAGCAAGCAGCACAGCAGCAGGACGAGCAGUCUCAGCAGCUGGUUCAACCACAGCAGACUGACAUAAUGACGUCCAUGUUUGAACAACAAAUCAAGAGUGAACCCAUGGGAUUUUAUUCUGUUGCUUCCAGUCGUUCGGAUGGAUCUAACUCUAUGGUGAAUCUGUCUGAUGAUCGAGAGGAUCUUUCUCAGCAGGAAGGUCAUAUGCAGCCCCAACAACAGACGUUACAGUUGAAUCAGCAGCAAAGUCAGCAACAGAAUCAGCAGCAGAAUCAACAACAGAAUCAGCAGCAGAAUCAGCAGCAGCAAAAUCAGGGCAUGCCGCAGGACUCACCCGGUCGUCAGUCUACGGGUCAACAGACCGUCAAGGAAGCCUCACGAUCGAAGCCGCAACCUUGCAAAGUUUGCGGCAAGGUGCUAUCCUCCGCUUCGUCCUACUAUGUGCAUAUGAAACUUCAUUCGGGGAAUAAGCCCUAUCAUUGUACAGUAUGCGAGGCGAGUUUUUGCCGCAAACCUUAUUUAGAAGUGCACAUGAGGACGCACACGGGCGAACGACCCUUUCAAUGUGAGCUAUGUUUGAAAAGGUUUACUCAAAAGAGCAGUCUCAAUACUCACAAACGGGUGCACACGGGGGAACGGCCGUAUGCAUGCGAUAUUUGCCAGAAACGUUUCGCUGUGAAAAGCUACGUCACGGCGCAUCGUUGGAGCCACGUAGCCGAGAAACCAUUAGUCUGCGACCGAUGUUCCCUCACGUUUACGUCCAAAAGUCAAUUUGCGAUUCACAUCCGUACACACACCGCCAGUACCACAUACGAGUGCAAUAUCUGCGGACGUACCUUUGUACGUGAUAGUUAUCUAAUAAGGCAUCAGAAUCGGGUACAUCGUGAUAUGAAUCAAAGCAGCUCGAAUCACAAUCCGCCGACGCCGCAGAGUAGCGGCGCUGGCACGCCUGGCACCGGUUUCGAGAGUCCGGUCUGUGAUUUGCGCUACAGCGAAGGACCGUCGUCAUUGGAUGGCCUCGCGGGAGCCAAAGGUACAGGCAUAGCCGCGGAGAUCGCUAGUUUAGCCAAGCAGAACAAUCUACAGCUUCCACUACCGUUGCUACAUCCGCAGACCACCAACUAGUGUUUAGAUGGCAGCAGCUUCGUCACCCAGCCCCUGCCGCAACACCAAUCACCACAGCAAGUAGUAUGUCCCACCUCGGCGUCUUCGCCGUUCACACUUAACUCGUCUAUGUCUCACACCGAGCACACGAGCACACCGCAGAGUGUCUACCAAACGACGGGCUCCUCCAACCCCUUGGACAGCCCCAGUUCCCAACUUUAUCCGCACUUGUCGUCCCCUCUAGACCCAACAUCGGAGCCACAGCAUCAUACGCACCAGCUGCAUCGCGGCAUCCCUCCACCAGGUCUUCAUCCCGCGCUCUAUUUGUACGCUCAUUACUCGAAUACGAAUCCCACGAUCUCGUAUUCGGAAUAUGUUCAGCGUAACAAUUGAACGCGAGUUUUCACCUAGCAUCGAUCGACUUCCAACGUACGAUAAUAUCAGUGAAACUGGUGCUAUUUAAUCGCGUCGGUUGAUCAAAGUGCCUACCGAGCAUCCUAUACUUUCGAUUCAUAACGACGGAUGUUCGCUCGUCACUCGAUUUAAGGAUACGCUUUUGGUCAAAGAGGGGUACGACGACACAAUUGAUCAAUUGUGAUUGCUGCUCGAAAAAUGUUUGCUAAUAAUUUGUGCUCAUCUAAUGAAUUUUAUACUCACGAGCAUCUUUUUUAACACGAGAUUAAAUAGCACCCGCUUGAGGUGCGGUUUUCAAUCGCCGGACGAUCAGAUCGUGCCGGUGCAAAAUUUGUAUGUAUAUCGUUCUAAUGAUUCAAUCAUUACACACGAUGCUAGCUGAAAUCGAAGCGUGUAACGUUUCUAUAAGUCUUCACAGUUUCAGCACUUUUGUUUCGUCUGAUUUUAAUCACGUCUCUGCGAGUAUACAUAUACAUAUACAUAUAUACAUGUGUGUAUAUAUAUAUAUUAUGCGUGAACCAUUACACACACGUACACAUAUUUAUAUUAUAUUUUUAAAGGAGUUUAGUCACUUGGAUCUGUGAUAUAGAUAGUAAUUAUUGUCUACAAUGUUUAAACUAUUGGUUUAACACUACUUUCAUGAAUAUCAAAAGGAGGGAAAAGGAAAAGCAAUGUCACGGAACGAAAUUUUAUCUAUUUUGGUUUCUACCGAAGAUGUUUGGUAGACACCCUACUAUUAAUUUUACAACAAUAAUAACAACAACACUAUAUAUAGGCUAAUGCCUGUGUCUCACUGUCACUCUACUAUUAUUCUAAUUAAUUCUACCACCACCACCACCACCACCACGUCUAUCACCACCACCGACAUUUCCCUAAUUACAUAUUACUAUCACUACUAUUAUUACGACUAUUACUAUACUAUCAUCACUAUUACUCUACUGCUACAACCUACUACUAACGAUAAGCUAUUAAACUAUUAUCAUUAGCACUAAGAAAAUACACACACACACACACACACACGCGCUCGUUUAUUUCAUCAAUCACGUAGCGCAUUCGAUCCGUCACAUAGUCGUCAUGGUUUCUCUUUAGCUUGAAACGCGCUACGAAAAUUCCUUAUGUUGCUUUUUUUUUCUCUUUUAGAUCAUAGAACGUUUAUCCCCUCGCAACGUCAUUGGAUACAUUCGUUGUGACGAGAUGCGCGUUUUUGUGAUAAAAAAAUUGUUCUUUGUUAGAGAGUAGAGCAUAUCUCUGAAUCAGUUCUAUAGUUGUACUUACUUUUCACAUACGAAGUGUGUGUACAAAUAUAUUGUAUAUACAUAUACAUAUACGACGUACAGAUGUAUUAUAAAGCGGAAGUAGGGGGAGCGAGUUGUAAAAGAAAAAAAAUGUUUUAAUUACGUAAAAGGCGUAAGGUGUUGAUUCUUCGUGAGAACAUCCUUAGAGCUAUUAGUUUAUUAUUACCUCCUGUUCAUUAACGCCGCAAUCUUCUGUGCAAGCGCGAGGGAACCAUGACAACCGCGCGUAUGGAGCUGGAGAGGAUAGUUAAUUUCAAUAAGUGCACACAUCUUAUACCCGAUUACCACUUUUGAGUAAUCGAUCUAAGAUAGUUGCGACCACGUGUAAAUGCAAUUCAUCCAUUAUUAAUUGCGCGUUAUAGAGCUACGAAGGUACACAGAUCGAACAAGAAAGCUAUAUAUAUUUGCGCUAGCGUGCCUCUCGAACCCCCUUGUAUCGUGGUUCUAUCUUUUUCCUCUCUCUUUCUAUCUCUCUCUUUUUCUCUUUCGGUGAUCUAGUUUUCACAUCGUAAAAUGAUCAAAAUGAUCCUGCGCGCGUAUGCCUGAGGCUUUCGAUUUAAAGAGAAUGCGAAGUCACACCUGGGUAAGACUGAUUUUUAUUGUAAUGAUCUGUGGAAAUCUACGAAAACGUUUUCUUUUUCUUUUCUCUCUUUUUUUUUUCUCUUUAUCUCUUUAUUCUCUUGCUCUGUUUACUCUCUCAUUUCUUUCUAAUUUCAUUGAAAGGAGACGCAUGUAAGCGCGCUGAGGAGGGUGUAGUGUGACAGAAUGUUUCAUUAAGAGCCGCGUCAAACGUAUUUUCUUGGACGACAAAAUGAGUUAAAUAAUUGGAAAAUUAUUGAUUAACUUAACAGACCAUUGUUUUAUUAAUUAACGUAGUUAAUUAACUACGACUGAUCAAAUUAAUUAAAGUAUAAUAAGCCAUUAAGUUAAUUUCGCGUAAGAAAAAGUAAAAUCGUGAAUGCGCAAUUUUUGAUUCACGAUUCAUUGAGUAACGAGAUAUAAUAAGAGAAAGCAAUUGAUCUUUUUGUCGGCUAGUCAUUGGGCAGCUCUACGAGAUAUUAAUUGUACUAUUAAAGCUGUGAUUAAAGCCUCCGUGCAUAUGACCGCGCAGCUCCUAAUGUAGUGAUAUAUAUAUACAUAUAUAUAUAUAUAUAUAUAUUUUGUAGCUUAUUAUAAAUAUGUAAGUAAAAAAUAAAUAGAGAUUAGAUUAGGAUAGGGAUAAAAAUCGCAGUCGAUCGAUUAAUUAUCAACUUCGAUCUCCUUUUUUUUUUAACACAUCUUCGCAGUGUUGGGCAAAAAAGGUAUAUAUUUAGAAUAUAUAUCGUAUGUUAUUUUUUUUUGUUUAGGGAGAAUAAUUACAUACACAUGUGAGGAUUUAAAGAGAAUUUUAUAUGAGCGCGCGCGGAUACCGGCCGCAAAGGUUUACAUUUAGUAAAUUUUUAUAAAUCGUCAUACUGUUUGAAAUAGAGAUCUUGCUUUCAGGCGGCUAAUUUUAUCUUAUCGAUACAUUUUACGCCGAUAUCUGUCUAUUAAUCUGCGAAAUGUCAAUUCAUGUUUGUGCUACACACAAUUUAUUACUAGUACUCAAGCGCAUAUUUAAGUUAUUUAAACGUCUAAAAAAAGAUAAUGUACGGAGUAUAAUAUGUAUAAUGAAUUUUUGUUUGAUUGAAAAUUCUUUAAUUUAGCGUUCCUAAACGUUAAGACUGGAAUUGCACAAAAAAAAAAAAAAACGACAAAUACUUUUGAAAUUUUAUAUCGAAAUCAAAUUAAUUUCGCGAUCUAAAGAGUUUAUUUAUCAAAAGUAAAAAUCUCUCCUUGUUUAGAAUUGAAAGUUACAUUUACGUUUCUAAGUAAACUGAUAAAUUUCAGUCAGGAUCAAUCGUGGCCAGCAUCCUGAAAAUGUAGUGAGAUUUUAGCUGUGUUAUUCAAUACUUAGUAUACGAACUAUUUCAGACAGUAUAUCGCAUACAUAAAGGCUAUAUGUAUGUAUUUUUAGGAUAUUGCCCAGCACUGAGAUUAUAAUCGAAACUUCCGAAUCGGUAAUAACGAUCUCACGCUGACAACACCCGUCGCUUUUCCAUGGGACGCAUGGGACGUAUCUCGAGUUAUUCGUGACAUGUAUAUCAAAAAAAGUGUAUUUUCAUAAGAAGAGGGCACAAAAUGUAGGUCCUUUCUUCAAGAGAGCACUCGUCGGACCAAUACAUAUGUACAUAUAAAAAAUGAUAAAAAUGGAAAAAAAAAAAGAAAAAGACGUUCCGUGGCGCUUCUAAAGUGCAAAAUACGUCUGCAAAAAAUGCUAUACUUAUCAUGCGCGACAAACGAAUAUUCGUUAUACGUAAAGAUACGCGUGAGAUGCACACUUCUUUAUUCAUUUUUCUACAUUGCUUUUUGUUUUUAUAACCCACUCUAUAUACAAAUCUUCUUAAUCCUCUAAUUACCGGAUAGAAUUUCGACGAUUUCGUUUCUUGAGCACAAAAGUUUCUUUUAUUAAUUAUUUAAAAAAUAAUUUUUUAUUUUUAUGAAACAUGAUGAGUUAAAUCGAUAAGUUACACAGAAUCCGUAUUUGUAUCAGAUUUCAAUUGCGAUAGGUUUGACUGAAUUCGUCUUUGAGAUGAUUGAUAUCAAAAGUUCGAGAAUAUAAUAUUGACACUGUUCUACUUUUCUUCUGUUCCGUGACUAAAAUAGACACGCGCUACUUUAUUUUAGUUCUACAGCUGAUAUUCCGUCGCAUAAUGUCCUUGAUUAUUUCCGGUAGUUGGAAGAUCGAUUAUCAUUGUAAUAGAGAUAUCGCAUCACUUCGUGAUUCAUUCUCCAUUUUGCAUUACGAUAUCAGAGAUCAAUCGAUUCUACAUUGAUGAUAUGAUUUGACGUAAGAUUGAUUUUACCGUAGUAAAUUUGUAAAAAAUUGGACGAAAGGGUUUGUUACCCUGAUUUUAACAUGUUGAGGACGCGAGAUCGUGAUAGGCUAACGUCAUCAAUCGCAGGCAAGGGAAAAGAAUGACUCAUGUCACACGCGGGGACGUUUAAUCUCGAAAUUCAUUAUAUAAAAACAACUUGUGUAUAUGAAAUAUAAUCAUUAAGAGAAUCAAAAGACGUAUUGAGCUAUGAGACGCGCUCUUUUACGUAAAAUACAAUUCAAGUUACCGCUUACAGAUUUCACGAUGAUUAUUAUGAGCAUUGAUGAGAUUGCAAGCAGUUAAGAAUGAAUAAUUUUUACGUUACGCGAACUCAUUUGAAUAAUAAUAGUUGAAUUAAUAACUCGCAAAUCGCAAUAACGUUCAGCUGAAAAUACUGCGUGUGUAAUAUUCGAAAUUAUUUGCUAAAUCAAUUACGUUCAAUUAUUUGCUUAGCACUCGCGCAUAUUACUAUCUCAGCUGAACACGACCAAUAUUUAUAAUGAUAUCAUUAGGAGAUAUACACAAUUGACUUCUCUUGCUAUUUAUAAAAAUUACAAGUAUUUUUUUUCAAUAAAAAUUUCUAAAAACAUUAAAAUUGGCGAAUUACGAUUGUAAAACGACAUAUGUUUUUAUAUUUUAUUAUAAUUACUAAUAAAAUAUAAUUGCACUCUGAUGUUAUGAGAUGUAACGAUUAUGUUCUGAGUUAAUUUUCAAUUGAUAAAAUAUUGGCAAAUAGUCAUAUGAAAAAUAUCAAAUAUUUUGAUCUUGUGACAACAAAAUAUUCGUCUUAAAUAAUAUGUAAAGAAACAUAGAACAAAUCUGUAAUAUUAUAAGGGAGAUAGUUUCUCAACUAUCUCACAUUAUUCAAAUUGUUUAUAAAGAUUUCAUUAACUACAUAUUCUUAACGUUACAUGCAACAUGUAUCUAUAUAUAAACGAAUAUUUUGACAAUGUAUUUUGAUAAUGAAAAUAUUAUCACGAUGCAUAUAUUUUACGAGUUUCCGUAAAAAAAAAAUGUAUCAUAUGUGAAAAUUGGCUGUUCAGAUUUACAUCUGUGAUUUUAUUUUUUAUUAUAUUAAUUUACAUUAACAAUGUCAUUAUUCUUUUAAGAAAUUUUAUUUGAGAUUGAGAGCACAAAGCUAAUAUUUAUUUUUAUUUCGUCAAGAAACGAAUGAUGAAAAUUUUUUCAUCAAUAUUUUCACAUCAAUUUGACUUAUUGUUAACAUUAGUGAUCCAUAUCUUGUGAUUAAAUGUUAUAUUUACUAUUGCUUCCAAGACAACGAUAUUCUCUGCAAAUAUAUUCUGUCACUACCUUUUAUAAUCUUAUGGUGCGGAAGAAGCAUAGUUGUUACAGAUAAUAAUAAACGUGGGCGAUAAAAGGCGAGAAUCUAUAAAUAAAUUACGGUUUUCAUUACUUUGUACAUACAUUUUACUUUUUGUUAUAAAUUGCUUUCAUCCGCCUAUUACAGUAUUAGAUUUUCUCAUAUUUUUAUUAUCUGAGCCAUUUAUGUAGAGAGAAAUUAGCUUUCAAAGAAAUCGAUAUAUAUUUAAUGUUACAUUGUGUAUUGUGUAAUAUAUAACAAUAAAUUAUAUAAAAUAUUAUUUGUAUUUGUUGACGCGUUUGUUAAUUUACGAGACUUACAUCCCGUAGUCUUUUUGUUUGCGAAGUAUAGAUUCAUAGAGGAACUCUUCCGCACUCUUCUCAAAUUCUAUUGUCAAUGAAAAUUUUAUUAAUCGUUUAUAGUACAUUAUCCGUGCCAUUUCAUUAAGUAUAUUGAUUGUUAUAGCGAAAAAGAAAAAUAAGUGAGUCAUCUUCACUUUACUCUAGCUAAAUUUUUCAAUUUCUAUUACAUACAAUUUUCAUUAAAACAUUAUCGAAAAGAUUGCUUUGAUAUGAAAUGCGCAUAUAUAAGCGAAUAAUUUAUUUUAAUUUUUCCAAUAGAUAACAUGAUGUAAUUUAAUUAAAAACUAUAUAUGCUAAAUAUUAUCCAAUGCAAAUACGCGGUGUAAUCCUUUUGUUACUUUAAUUUUAUUUAUACUUUUUCUUCUCACUAUAGUGAAAAAUUUGUUGAAAUAUUUCAUCAAACUCUUCCUGUAUGUAGAUUGAUUUAUGUAUACCUGUCAAUGACGCUGCUCUCUUGUGCUUGAAUACGAAUCAGCGAUGUUAACGUAACUAUUAGUCAUAACAUUAAAUAACAAAUAUCACUCAGUGUUAAAUUAAAUUAACGUCGAAUUAUGAAUUAUAAGACAACUGUGCGAUAAGGAUAUGCUUUUUAAAUACCGUGAUGAUGCGCGAGAAUUGAUUAUAUAUAAAGGAUGGAUUCUUUGGUGUCUUCGAUUCAUGUUGAUGUUAAAUUAUUUUUAAAAUUUACGAACACAAUUUUUAAAUUAUGCUUAAAAAAGGCGAGAAAAGAAAUACAUAGAGCUGCUCUUGGGAAUAUUUCAAGACGUGCUUUUUCUAAUAGUACAUUAUACAUUUUAUUUAUACUAUGUCGUAACUUAUACAACGAUAUGUUUCUGUAUUUUAAUGAUUGAAAUUAUGAAAUAAGGAAUAAAAUCUAACGUGAUUUUUACAUAUAGAGAUUUACAUUCGUUGUAUAUUUUUGAUGCAUUAUUUUUCUGUAUAGAUUUAUAUAUAUAUAUAUAUACAAUUGGCGUUUUGUGUCAUAUUUCGCAUAAAAUUGGAUUUUAUCAGACUUCUUAAAAUAUUAUUAAAUAAUACUCGUAAAACAUGUUUUUUUUUAUAUCGAAAAAUAAAUGCAUUUUUAAUCAUAUCUUUAUUUGCGAUAAAUUAAGAACGAGAAAUCCAUUGCAAUAAAAAAAGUAUUAACCCUGGUAGCGAAUUCAAUUGGCAGAAAAAAAAUAAUUAUAAUCUUGCAAAAAUAAUUUUAAUCUUGCAUCGGCUGUGCAAUUAUAAUCGAAUAUAUUGUUAUUUUAUUUUUUUAUUCCUUUAUUAUGUAUGUAAAAGUUCUUGAUUUUAUUGCACAGGUCCGUUUUAAUAACAUUUCUGCUCGUUUUAUAUUUAGAGUAUAAAAAUGAAUCCAUAUACUUAAACGGCGAAAAAAGAAAAGAAACGAAGUAUAAUAAUGUAACUAAAAGAAAUAAAAGUUGAACAAUUUUAUUUAUUUCACGAUUUUGCUUAUGAGAUUGUUUGAUUUUUCGUUCUCAAUUGAGUAUACAUAUAAUGAUAUCAAUUAUUCAACUGAUCAUAGGGACACAUGGAAUAAUCUUGAAACACUAUACCCGUCAAUGUUAGAUAGUUCGUCUUUGUCAUGUUAAUUAAUUAUCAUGUCAGAUAUAAUUGUCAUAUCAGAGAAGAACGCGAUACGCAUCGCAUACUCUAACAUUCUCAUACAAUUUAGCGAGUAGCUCUGUACGUAUCUUCCCGAUAUAUUCUAUCAGCAAAUUUAAAUGAUCGAACCGUGUGGAACUAUUGGUGGUGGCAUCCUUACUAAAUCUCUCUUCUACAGAAAUAUAUACAGGGUCGUCCUAGGAAAUAUUACCACUUUCUGAAACGUAUUAUUCAUUGGAGAGAGAAAUAGAUAUUUAUUGAUAUAUACCUUUUGUGUAAUAUGUAUAAAAAUCUUUAAUCUUUUAUUAAGUCCGAAGAAACAAUAUUAAACGUUUAAACAAUUGAUGUUUCAUGAUGAUUGGAUGAUUAUGAGCGAGAGGGAUUAAAUUCGAGAGUGUUUCUCGUUUCAAUGAACAAUAUCGUGAGUGAAGUGGCAAUGUUUUAUCGGAAGGCACUAAGUUUCAUUCCUAACACUAUAAAACCUGGCUCCUGAUCCGACUACUUUAAACGCUCUAUCGUGCCGUGUGAUCGACUUCGUACUUGUGAUAGCCCCGGUUAAGCACAGCCCUGGCUCGUACAUUUUAUACCCUCGCGUCGCCUGGCACGAGUAACACGUGAUGUAAUUAAACCUGACUUUCGGUUGGGGGUCGAUCGAGGGAAGGUAUAAGAGGAGCGGCAAAUAAAAAAGCAUUCGAGCUUUCGAAUUUAGCAAUCGGUUUAACGAUUCGACCAUAAAAAAGAACAACCGUAACGAAGGUACGACACCUAAAACGAAGACAAGGAAACUUGAUGAAGCAAGGAGAGGGAGGGGAAUUAAAUUGACGAUGCUCGCGUCGCUCGACAUUGCGCCUGUACCAUUUUGCUUCUUUAGCAGAGUACAAUGCCAUUUAUUUUUGUAAUACGUUUACGUAGGAUAGCUCUCUUAUUUUUAUAGAGGUUUACCAUGCUACCGUAAGUCUUAUAGAGGCCUGCGUAAUAAAGUAGUGUAGAAAUUUUUGGUGCCGCGGAGUUUUCACGGCGUGGAAGAUAUACAUAUACAUAUAUAUAUAU